AAUAUAAAUCCUCCUUGUCUCUAGCAGAGAAAUGAGCUGGAGAAGAAGGAAGAAGAGGGAGAAGCUCGACUAGUCUCCAGAGAUGGCAUCCCCCUCAAACUUUUCCGGCGAACCAAGCAACAACGCCGGCUCGCCGCCCUCAUCGGACUUGGCCAGUGAACGAGAUGGAUAUCCUACGAGCCUAGUCCAUGGAUCAGGUGGCCUCUAUGGUACUACAAGCUCACUACCGCUUAAGGACCGGGUGGCCAUCAUAACAGGCGGCUCCGGCGGCAUCGGAACUGCGAUCACCACCCACCUAGCCUCCCUCGGUGCCAAGGUAGUCAUCGCCUAUGUCGGCGACCCUACGCCGGCCGACAGCCUUGCCUCCACCCUCAACAACUCCACCACUGCCAAUUCCGGCCCACGGGCCAUUGCAGUCGAAGCGGAUAUCUCAAAAGAAGAGCAAGUGAAGCAUCUCUUCGACAAGGCCCAGUCCACUUUCGGCCCAACAAUCCACAUCCUUGUGGCUGCUGCUGGUGUCCAAGACCCCAAGUACCCACCACUUGCUGAGACAACAUUACAGCAAUGGGAGUGGGUGUACAACAUCAACGCCAAGGGGACGUUCCUUUGCUGCCGGGAGGCGGCGAACCGGCUGGUUCGAGGUGGCGGAGGAAGAAUUAUAACGAUGUCGUCAUCGACCGUGGGCUCCUUGAGGCCUGGCUAUAGCACGUACUCAUCGACCAAGGGUGCGAUCGAGGUGAUGACGAAGAUCCUAGCGAAGGAGCUGAAGGGAACCGGGAUCACGGCGAAUGCGGUGGCGCCGGGGCCAAUUGCGACGCCGUUGUUCUAUGCCGGGAAAUCGGAGGAGCGGAUAAGGAAGGUGGCGGCCGAGAGCCCAAUGGGCCGGCUGGGUACGCCUGAAGAUGUGGCCCCUAUGGUGGGGUUCUUGGCAAGUGAUGCCGGGGAGUGGGUCAAUGGCCAGAUCAUCCGUCUGAAUGGUGGAUAUGUUUGAUUGCAAUCACUCCCUUUUUGUUUUUCUGCCAAAUGUGAGAGAAUUGGUUGAUUGUAGUGUUUCCAAAUCAACAAGGAUGAACUCUUUGUGUGCUACACCCUGUUAUUCUUUUUUCUACACCUAAUUCAGCAUGACACUAUUGGCAAUAAUAAAUUCUGUUAUUCUCCUUGACA